AUGUGUUCAACCUCGUGUGGUCCUGGAUUUGCUAAACGUGAAGUUGUAUGUAGAAAAGGUGUUAGAAACGAGCACCUUUUAAACGACAAUGAGUGUAUCUCAACAGAACCAAAGCCUCCAGAAAUAAGAAAAUGUAAUUUGAAAAAAUGUACACAAUAUUCUUGGCGUAUAGGAGCUUGGUCAAAAUGUCUUGAUCUUUGUAAGCCCGGUGAACAAAGGCGACGUAUUUAUUGUGUGAAUGAUAUCGGCAAAAAAGCUUCUCCAGAAAUGUGCGAAAACAGUGCGAACACAGUAAAACCAAUAGAAACACGAAAAUGCCAAACAGAUAAAUGCCCUUACUACUGGGUAGCCGGCCCUUGGAGUUCAUGUUCUCGCUCUUGUGACAUUGGGCAACAAUUUCGCCAAAUCGAGUGUAGAUUGCGUAAAGAUAUUAUUUCAAUUUCUAACACAAAUGAGGACUAUACUGACACUGCCAAAGAGAUAUCUGAGCCAAUUGUGCUUUCUAGUAUGUGUAUGGCACUCGAAAAUAAGCCGAUUGUUACACAGCAUUGCGAAAUAAAUUCUUGCAAUGCUCGAUUUCAUUGGAAUGCCGGCCCUUGGUCGAAGUGUUCAAAAAGUUGUGGUCCAGGCUUUAAACGCCGCAAAGUUCGAUGUCUGGAUAAAAAAGGUGGUAGAACAACAAAUUCCCCAGACGGAGGUGGGUGUGAUCUAACAACUCGUCCCAAACGUAGAGAGCCUUGUUUUAUUCGAAAUUGUAUGCCUAAUGACUGUGCCGAAUUAAAAGCCCAUCACCAGGCUAAACAAAUAAAUAUUGACGGAAAUGAAAAACAAUUAAAUGAUGGAAAUUAUACUGUUAUGCUUAAUGGCUAUAAAAUUAUCGUUUAUUGCCAUCAAAUGAAUGAAACCAUUCCAAAAACUUAUUUAAAUUUACGUCCCGAAAGUAAUUUUGCUGAAUUUUAUGGGAAAAGACUUGCCUACCCCUAUUCUUGCCCCCAUAAUGGUCUUCGAAACGAUAGCUGUGCUUGUACAAAUGAUGGCCAUGUCAGCCAAGGUUUUACGAGAUAUAACAAAGUUCGCAUCGACCUUCACAAUAUGAAAAUUAAUCCAAAUGACUAUACAUUUGCUAUAACUGAAUACGGUAGUCCCGUUGCUUUUGGCACCGCUGGUGAUUGUUAUUCAAUGAGUGAUUGUCCACAAGGUCGUUUUUCAAUAGAUCUCCGUGGCACUGAUCUUCGAAUAGUUGAUGACUUGGAAUGGGUCAAUCAAGGGCAUAGGACAAGUGUUAGAAUUGAACGCUUUGAAAAUAAUGCUCUAAUUCAAGGACUUUGUGGUGGAUAUUGUGGAGAAUGCUCACCUGACCGCUUUAAAGGAUUAAUUAUAGCUGUAGACAAUAAAAUUAAAAAUUUAUAA